GGGCGGGGCCGGGGGUGGUGCGGUCCCGGGGACGGUGCGGGACCGGGCAGGGUGCGCUGCAGCGGUGGGGAUGGCGGCGGAGGAGCUUCAGGAGUUGCGGGCGCUGGUGGAGCUGGCGGGUGGCCGGCGGGCAGUGCUGCUGGUGGCCGAGGUGGCAGAGGGGGCCCCGGCAGCAGCCACGUUGACCGCCUUCGCCCGCGACCUCCUGGGGGAGGAGGCUCCGCCGGGGCAGGGCUGCCAGUCGCGGCGGCGGGUUGUCUGCGGGCGGCGGGCGCUGGGAGCGAGGCUGCUGCUGGUGCUGUGCCGCGGCGGGGCGGCGCGGGGCCAAGGGGCCCGGGUCCGCCUGCGGGAGGUGGUGCGCGAUGUGCGCGGCCGCCUGCCCCCAGAGCCGCCGCCCGCCGUUGUCGGUGUUCUCCUGCCUUGCGGGGAAGCGGAGGACGCGGCGGUGCUGGACGCCACGCUGCGGCGGCACUUCCCGGCGCCCGGCACGGUGCAGGCAGCCCGGUACAGCCCCGGCAGCCCCUCAGACCUGCGCGACUGCCGCGCCGCCGCCUGCCGCGCCCUGCGGGCCGCUCUGCAGCACCCCUCAGAAGAGGUGAAAGACAGGGAGAGGUGGAGGCUCCCAUCCUUCCUGCGGUGCGUUUCUUGGAGCCGGAGGAGUUGGAGAAAAGAUCACAACGCAAAAGCUGCAAACAACAUUCAUGAAGAUGAUCUGCAGGACCCUGAAGAAGAAGUGGCUCUAACCAGCCUGUCCCCCAAUGGAAACUACGAAGAAGCUGCUGGAGGCACAGGCACUUAGAACUGCUGCGUGCUUAACAUAGUCCAUGUCCUUGAUCUGCCCAGUGGAUUUGGAGCAGUGGGAGGAGAAGCUAGUGCAUGCCCACUCACCUUCUCCUCUGAGGACCCACCGCUAAUGAGAGAAGCUGCUCAGCUUAACUCCCAGGGUCUUUUGUAGCUCCCAACAGCCUGAUGUGUAUGCCAGAGAGCCAACACGUGCUGCCAGGGGAUGCCUGGAGCUGCUGCUGGAAGUUCCCACCCUUUCUCUGAUCAGGAAAAAAAAAAAAAAAAAAGAAGACAAA